GAAACUUGAAAACCAGCUUAAUUAGUUAGCUGUGAGUUGAGUGUGUGUGUGGGUGCUACUGAGUCGAAGUGAUGGCUACGAUCGCGAAAGCGCGCGUGUUUGGGGUAGUGAAUUUUCAACUGAAAGAAACUGAGAUGCCUUUUGCUUGUUCCAGCUUAAUCCGCAAGCCUAGUGGAGUUUGUCCUCAGCGCAAUGUGGCUCUAAGAUGCAGAGGAAAUGGCGCGAUUAUUCCCAAAAUCAGAUCCCAGAAUCUUACUGAAUCUGCUCCAGAUUCCAAGUUUUACAAAGUGGAAGCGAUUCUCAGGCCCUGGCGUGUCCCUCAGGCUUCUUCGGCUUUGCUGAAAAUGGGAAUUCGUGGUGUCACUGUAUCUGAUGUCAGGGGCUUUGGUGCUCAGGGUGGUUCAAAAGAAAGGCAGGGAGGCUCUGAGUUUUCUGAAGACAAUUUUGUUGCCAAAGUUAAAAUGGAAAUAGUAGUGAGAGGGGACCAGGUUGAGGCAGUAGUAGACACAAUUAUUGAGGAGGCAAGAACUGGGGAGAUUGGUGAUGGAAAAAUUUUCUUGAUCCCCGUCUCAGAUGUUAUUAGAGUUCGCACAGGUGAACGUGGGGAACUGGCAGAGAGGAUGACUGGGGGGCGAACUGACAUAUUAUCUACUGUAUGAAUGGUUGACGCGAGAAAUCAGCAUUUGUCAUCUGGUUCUCUUACCCAUUCUCCUUUUCCCUUGUGGAAUAUGGAGUGCAUUACAAUGCUUGUACGCUUUAUAUGUUCUGCACUUUACUAAUAGAAGAUGUAUGACACUGUUGAUACGCAGUGUAGUUGUUAGGCAGUGAAAAGAAAAUGUGAAACAAUGAUUGACAAUUGCUUUUGCUUUGUAGUUAAUAUGAACUUGUUAAUAUUUCGUUCUG